AUGAAGGUACUCAUAGAGUCAGUCUAUAUGCCCUACGCCUCCAUGAUUGAUCCACCACCAAAAGAGGAGGGCUUUAGGGCUGAUCUUAAGGCGCAGCUCGUUGAGGCCCCAACCAGUUUCAGGACCAAAAAUAAUUUGGAAAAUGCGGCGGACUUCUUAAAGAACGCCAUUGCAAAUGCCUACAAGUUAAACUGCCCACCAAAACCAAAGAGCUCGGUGACUAAGAUCCACUGGUGGAAGAAAGAGCUUGAAAAGCUCAGGUUGGAAACGAGGAGGAAAUUCAGUAAGGCAAAAAGAACCAGACUUGCAGCACACUGGGAGACUUUCAGAAGCUCCCAACAAGAGUACAGCAAGGAAAUCAAGAAAGCAAAGUACAAAAGCUGGAAACACUUCUGUGAAAGCAUUGAGAGUGCCCCAGAAGCAUCCAGGCUUCACAGAAUUCUCAGCUUAGAUCACCGUCCUCAACUGGGCUGUCUGAAGCUUCCAACGAAGAAUGUUGCUGAGGAGGCGUCGGACACAUUAAAACAUUUAAUGGAAGUCCACUUCUCAGGUUUUGACGAUAACAUGCAACCUCGCCGGCCGAAACCUAGGCACCUGGACCAGACCAAGCUUGGCAGAAAUGGAUAUAUUUCAGCCAAAGAUUUCAGACCAAUCAGCUUUACCUCCUUCGUACUUAAAACGUUGGAGAGGCUGAUCGACGGAUUCUUGAAGAACGGACCUUUGCUUACAUAUUUACUGGCCUCCUCCCAAUAUGCUUACAAGGAGGACAGAUCCACGGAUACUGCCUUGCACCACCUUGUGAGCGGGGUCGAGAGGCAAUUGGAAGCAAAAGGAUAUGCCUUGGGCGUCUUCUUGGACAUUGAGGGAGCUUUUGAUAACACCUCAUAUGAUGUAAUCGGGAAGGCGAUGACCAGACACAAUAUUCCAGCCGCACUAGCAGACUGGACGCAAAGCAUGCUAACAAGAAGAACCCUGCUUGCUAAUCAUGGGGACUCAAACAUGCAUGGUUUUCUUGCCAAAGGAUGCCCCCAGGGGGGAAUUUUAUCUCCCCUGCUGUGGUGCUUGGUUGUAGACAAACUUUUAUAUAAAUUACAGAAAACAGGUUUCCUCGCCUUUGGCUACGCUGAUGAUGUGGCCAUUAUAGUGCGGGCAACUUUCUUUCAAUACUUAAGGAGACUAUGGGAAAAGCCCUUAAGAUCACGCAAGACUGGUGUCAAUCAAAAGGACUUAGGGCUAAUCCAUCAAAGACCAAGGCCAUGA